UAUAUAUAUAGAGAGAGAGGGCUGAGCGCCAGGAUCUGUGUCAACAAACAAACAGUUUGACAGCCACAUUUCCAGAUUCUUUUUUAAAGCUUGAACAUGGAGCGCGGAGAGCACGGUGCUCCGAGGAAGAAGAGUCGCAGUAGAUGUUGCGUUUGUUUCCUCGCCGUCUUGGCCAUACUGGGCAUUAUCGCUCUGGUGCUGGCACUGACGCUGCGUCACAAACAAUUUCACACAACUUUCAGAGAAAGGUGUGAGAAGGCCGAAGGAUACGACUGUCAAAAGCUAUGGCGUGCAUUUGAACAAGCCUAUGUAGGACGGGACCCAUGUCAAGUUCCCAUGGAAGCCUACGACCCUUUCAUUGCCGAGGCCCACUUCAAACCUGCUUGCAACAGAAUGUUGUUCUGGAGCAAAACAAAGGAUGUGGUCCAUGACUUCACGAAUAAGAGAGAUUGUUUUGUCACCUUGGAGGACACUCUUUUGGGAUCCGUGGUGGACGGCCUGACCUGGUGUGGAAAGGAGGGCAGCAGUGAAACAUUCACGACGGGAUGCCCGGGAUGGACGGACUGCGUGAACAACUCUGUUCGCUCAUUUUGGAACCGAGCCUCAGCUGCCUUUGGAGAAGCUGCCUGUGGUGACGUCACAGCGAUGCUAAACGGAUCCAUCGAGACCCCGUUCAGUCCUUACAGUAUUUUCGCGAGCAUCGAAGCGCCGAGGCUCAGCUCCAGCCGUGUGAAAAAGCUGAAUGUUGUCCUGGUCACACAGCCGGAUUCUGUGACAAACUGUGAAACUGCAUCUUUAAAGGAUUUACAGAAAGAGCUGGAUCGAGGAAUUGUAUAUAACUGCCAGGAAGUGCCCGAAGCUAAGGUCCAGGAGUGCGCCUCCAAUUCACAUAUAGCCUGUGGAGCCUGCUGGUGAGGGACGUGUCCCGGCUCGUUGUAUACAUAAUCUGAAUUACUAGUUCAACAAGAACCAGCUACAAAAGAUAUUUGUCUGGAUAGUUUUCACUCCUAUCAAAGGUCCAGUGUGUAGGAUUUAGUAGCAUCUAUAGGUGUAGUUACUGGUUGAAGCACCUUCACCUCAUCCUGCCCUUCAUAGCGUGAAAGAAAAACUACGGUGGCCAUGAAACGCAUGAAAAAUGUGAAAGUAUAGUGCCAGUAUAAGGGACCAAAAACAUAACGAUACCAUCAUUUCUCAGGCGAUUAUAUUACCAUAUUUUACACACUGGACCUUUAAAUAAAAUACAUUGAAGGGAAAAGGAUUUCUUUUUCUACCUGUGGGCCAGUUUGACUUAAUGUGAAAUGUGUCUUUAUAUAAAUGUCUUUGAAAGAUUUUUUUACAAUGUGACAAUGCACUUUUGUAUCUUUUAUUGAAUAAAGAGGUUUGUGUGUGAUGGGAAAACUUUCUAACUGUAAAAGAGUUCUGAUGAAGUGUCAUGUACCGUAUCAGUGCUGCUAUCCAUAACAAUCACAUUCGACUGAUAAUCUCACUCCUGCCUGAUGGUUAACAGGUUUUAAAUAAUAAUUAAAAUAUUAUGUUGUGAAA